UUUGAGUGGGUAUCUGGACUAUCUUUAGCACUUCACCUGGGGGAGGGAUCACCACAUCAAAACUCAGGCUGACCCCCUGAAUAGGAUUUACUACCCGGGACAACACGAAAGGCUGAAUUGUUUGGGCACAAUUCAUUGAUCUCAACACAAGAAGAUUUACCCUUGGAUUUUGGAUUUCAGUAACAUUUUUGGAGACCUCUUCUUGGGGAAAAUCGCCUUCAGUUUUCACUCUUGUAAAGAAACACUUCUCUGCUGUCAUCAUGGUGUGGGCUAAAAUGAAGUUCCCCUUUGAGAAAAGGGUGAAGCUGGCUCAGAGUUUGUGGCUGCUUUCUUGGCUGGCUACUCUAGGUGGAGCGAUCACCUUCUGUCUGGGAUGCUUCUUGAAGACAGAACUACGCAGGAGGGCAGAGGUGAUGGACAACACAGAGAUCCAUAUUGUCCCAAAUACCCUCAUUGUGUCCGGGCUGGCCUCCAUCGGAAUCAACUGGUUUGCAGGUCGGAUCUGCCAGGACGCCUUGGAUGCCAGUCGAUUCCCACGCUGGAAGACCUUCCUAAAGCCAUAUUUCUGUUGUACCAUCUUCUUCUCCACCCUGUUGCUGAUUGGGGUCAUCCUCAGUUAUGCCAUGAAGGGCAGCCUAGAGGGCUCGUUAAAGGUUGGCCUUAAGAAUGGAAUCCGCUUCUAUAAGGACACUGACACCCCAGGCCGUUGUUUCCAAAAGCAGACCAUCGACCGCCUGCAGAUGGAGUUCCGGUGCUGCGGGAACAAUGACUACAAGGACUGGUUUGAGGUCCAGUGGAUCAGUAAUCGCUACCUGGACUUCAGCUCCAAGGAGGUUAAGGAUCGUAUCAAAAGUAAUGUGGAUGGACGUUACCUAGUGGAUGGUGUGCCCUUCAGCUGCUGCAACCCAAGCUCCCCUAGACCCUGCAUCCAGUACAAACUGACCAACAACUCAGCCCACUACAACUAUGAGCACCAAACUGAGGACCUCAACAUCUUCAUCCGUGGCUGCAGAGAAGCUCUGGUCGGUUACUACAUGGGCCUGAUGAACAGCAUCGGUGCUGUAGUGCUGACUGUCUUUAUUCUUCAGAGUAUAGUGGUUGCAUGUUUGAGGUAUCUGCAGACCUCCAUGGAAUCUGUGAUUGGGCAGGAGAACACGGAGGUGGAAACGGAGGGUUACCUGCUGGAGAAGAGUGUAUCAGAGACCAUCAUGGAGUACUUGGACCCUGUGAUGAAGCUCCUGAUGAUAAACCAGGUGGAAGAUGGGCAGGCAAAGGCAGAGGCAGGGGCUGCUGAAACAUCAGGCGCAACAACUUCCUAAAGAUCUGGUUCUAUUGAAUAAAUGACUCAGUACAACUGGUACUUCGUAAUGAUAUUUAUUUUUCAUUUCUAGCAAUGGAUCUCAUAUGAAACUAUUGUAAUCAACAUAAAUCAAACCAUGCAAAGGUUCAAAUGUCAAUCAUACAUAAUGGACGGCAUAUAAUGAUUGGAUCAACAUGUUUAAAUAAGUUCGAUUUGUCUACUAAGGUGAUGAAUGUGUGUGAGAUCAUCUCUAGGAGCCAUGAUGCAAUAUUGUUGAUAACAUAUCUGAAGGUACUAAAGGUUAAGGAUUGUCUUCAAGCCACAAUUUUCUGUUGGUAUUUGAUUGUGCUCAGUUUGUACUGUAUUUAAAAACGAUUAAUCUUUCUCGGAAUUUUGCAUGCUGUUUAUUAGUUACAUAUAAGAAAACGUGUACAGCUUGUAUCAAUUGUUGCCUGCCCAAAUGAUAGAAAACUGUACAUUAUGUGAACAUUUACUGUUCAUUGUAGAGAAAACAGUAUAUUGUAUAUGCAGAUAUAAUAGUAUUUUAAAUAAAAUCUAAUAUGCUCUUGUAGUCCAACCAUGCUCAGUGCUCAGGUAAGCAAAAUCUAGGAUUACAGAUUGAGCUAAAAAAAACAGUCAGAUUUAAUGAUCAUUAUGUUGUGUAGUGCACUUAUAUCUGAAUAGAUACGUGUUGAAAUUUCUC